GUGUGUGUGUGUGUGCGCGCGCGCAGUGAGACACACUGAAGGGGAGGGAGGGAUCAUUUGGAGCCAGCAGUCCACUGGCCGACUCCCAGCUUUACUCAUCGAGACUCCCACUGAUCUCGUUGAGUCUCUGAUAUGUUUCUCUCUCUCAUUCUGUGCCAUUAUCACUGUUUCACAGUUUCUUACUUUCUGUCACUUCUUUUUGCACAUCCACACAGUUAAAACUCCUAGUUCUGCUUGUUUGCUGCUAUUAUUCUUUUGCAGCUUUAUUCACAUAUUCUCAUCUGUUAACAGCCACAUGUGAUUCAGUCCUGGCGAUCCCUGUCACUGUCACGCUCAUUCAUGCAGAUGUUAGAGGUUGUUUUACAUUUGGAGGGCUGAUUAGAAUUAUGAUUUGGCAUCAUGAAACCAACAAGUGUACAGUGAGUACAUAGUCAUGGGUGCAUUUUCAUAAACGUUGUACGUUGUGUCAUUGCCUGCUUCUCACACUUCCUCACAGCUUGUAUCUUUUAUCUCCAUGCUCUUUAUUUCACGAUUUUUUGCAGUUGACUUACUGUGCUCCACAUGUGAUGUUCAAGGCUGUUUGCCUAUCUGUGCCUGCGUGUGUCAGUGCUUUUGUUUGAUUGUGACUUUCUCAAGCGAACACUUCAGCGGGAACAUGCCAUGGCCACAGCACCACAUCCUUCACAUGGUUAUACAUAGAACUUCUUUCAUUCACUUGGAGCCUUGCUAGUUAACAUGUGGUUGUCAGCAACCAGAAGAAACCAUUGGUGUUUGUGAUAUUUACUGAUGACAGGUAGAGAGUGUAUCAGUGCCAAAUGAAUGUUCACUCCUGUAAAUCCAUUAGAGUUAAAGCUGGUUCACUUCAGGCCAUUAAAACAUUUUACAAGAUUUUGUUUUAGAACACAAAUAGUAGGUAAUACAAAUGUAGCCAUGACUGAGUCCUAAGUUGGAUUUGAGUGAAAGUGGAAAUCUCAUAAGUUUAUGUAAGUCCAGUUAGAGUUCAUACAGCAGUACCUGAGGCAGUCGUCUUGAAUUCCACCAUUUUACUGUUUCCCUAAGACAUUUCUUCAAACUACCAAGGCUGUGAUGUUUCCCGUUCUUCUGCUCCUAUCAGAAAUCCUAGUUGUGUCUAAACCCAAGGCUGGUUAGUCACUGGGACAGAAGAUUUCAACACAAGUAAAUCAAAACAAACCCGCUCAAGUGUUUUUAUGCCAGUGAGCUGUAAUAAAAAAUGACUCACAGUGUGCCAUGUACCUUCAAGCAGAACAAGUUAAUUAUCCUGUUCUGUUGGGAGACAAGCAUGUGUGCUCCAAGGCUUAAACAACUAUGUGCACAAUUAGACAAUUAAUUGCUGGUUAAAUGCUGGAUUUCAUUUUAUUUCAUAAUUGGAAUAGACUUAGGACGUUGGCUGGACAAAGCAAGACAUAUAAAGACCUCUCUUAGGGCUCAGGGAGAUUGUGAUGGGCAUUUUUCACUAUUUUCAUCAGUUUCAGGCAAUUUAUUGACUGAACAUUUAUAUAAAUAAUUGAAAAAAAUACCUCAAAUACUAAAAAUAGUGCUGCACAUAAACUGCUUUACAGAUAGUUUAUAUUGGAUGCUAAUUUUAGUAUUUGUUGCAGAAUUCCAUGUGGGGAGGGAAAGUCUCUGUGCACGUUUUUGUGUAUGUUCACCUGGGUUCCACAUAGGAUGGGUCUGUGAAGCCAGAGCCCCAUUAACUUUCACACGAAUCCUAUUGGUCUGUUGUCAGAGUUGCAGCAUACAGACAGAGUGUGUGUGAGUGAGCUCGGAGUGCGGAGAGGAGGGGCUUUUAGACUCCACAACAACACUGGCGCAACUGGGGUUAUAGAGGGGAGAGAGAAUGCGGCAGAAGGAGGGAGCAAAUUGUCAGUGGCCGACUCUGGGAGAGAGUGAUGCACAUGGAUUCUCUUCUUUUUCUGCUCUUCACAUUGUUUGUUUCUGCUCUCCUUGACUCACACUUUCUGUUUCCUACUGUCAUUCCUCCUGUUGAUUCUGUCUCCCUCUGCAGUCUUUGUUCCUGUCCUACAUCCAUUCAGUUUGUCCUCUUUUCACCUAUGGCUUCCUGACAGUGAGCUUCUCCUUCUGCUGUCUCUCUUCCUCUCUUUUUUUUUUGGUCCCACCAUUUUGACCCCCUCUUUACUUUGAUCUUUCUGUUCACUUGUAAAUCAUUCAUGUAUCUUUGUGUGGUGUGAGGAUGCCAGUGUUAGAGGGGCUCUGGGGCCCAGAUCUCAGAACGCGGGGCUCCAGUCUAGGCGUCGGGCUUGACGUAGGGGUCUGUCCAGGUGAGACUUCCCACUCGCCAGUGUGGGAUCCGCUCAGGACCCCCCCGGUUUCUUGCAGGGGGUUUUCACUGGCCCUGCAACUUCCAGCUCUCAUACGGCAGCUCAGGGCAGCCUGGAGGGCAUGCAGGGGAGACCCUCAAGGGCACAAAAGAAGUCAAGCGAGCACUUGGGUAGAUGCAGACAAGGAGGAUGUAGAGGAGGGGAAGCAGGACGUAAAGGAAAGCAUUACACACCUGGAAGCUGAUGGCAGACUGAGCACUGGUCAUGCUGGUGUGCUGCUGGCUGAGAGACGAGGCUCCUACCCGUUGAUUGACCUGCACAUCCUGAAAACCAGUGCUCAGCAGGGGGAGGUAGAGUCUGGCACCAGAAGAAAGGUAAAGCGCCUGCUGAGUUUCCAGAGAUACUGUCACGCCUCCAGGCUGCUGAGGGGGUUGGUGCCCCACGCUCCUGGGUCACUACACCUCCUGGACGAGCACUACCUCGGACAAGCUGCGCAUAUGCUAUCAAAAGUAGGCACAUGGAACUUUGACAUUUUCCUCUUCGAUCGUCUUACAAAUGGUAACAGCCUGGUGACUCUGAUGUGCCAUCUCUUCAGUGUCUACGGUCUCAUUGAUCACUUCCAACUGGACAUGGUCAAACUGCACAGGUUUCUGAGCAUGGUGCAGGAGGACUACCACUCCCAGAAUCCCUAUCACAAUGCUGUUCAUGCAGCAGAUGUCACUCAAGCCAUGUACUGCUACCUGAAGGAGCCCAAGCUGGCAGAGCAGCUGAGUCUUCCAGAUGUGUUCCUGGGUCUGAUGGCAGCAGCUGCGCACGAUGUGGACCAUCCUGGAGUCAACCAGCCCUUCCUCAUCAAGACCAGACACCACCUGGCGUCCCUCUACCAGAACACAUCUGUGCUGGAGAGUCACCACUGGAGAUCUACUGUGGGAAUGUUGCGAGAGUCAGGACUGCUGUCACACCUGCCUGCUGACAUGUCGCAGGACAUGGAGCAGCAGCUGGGCUCUCUCAUUCUGGCUACAGACAUCAGCCGACAGAAUGAGUUCCUGUCAACCUUCAGAGAACAUCUGGGCAACCAGGACCUGGACCUUCAGCUUGCUUCACACAGGCAUUUUAUGCUACAGAUUGCUCUGAAGUGUGCAGACAUCUGUAACCCAUGUCGGGUUUGGGAGCUGAGCAAACAGUGGAGUGAGAGGGUGUGUGAGGAAUUCUACAGGCAGGGUGACCUGGAGAAAAAGUUUGACUUGGAGAUCAGUCCUCUGUGUAACCAGCAGGCUGACUCUGUCCCAGCUAUCCAAAUAGGUUUUAUCUCCUACAUUGUGGAGCCUCUUUUUGAGGCGUGGCACCGCUUCACUGAGCCCAGCCUGCUCAGCCAGACCAUGAUGGGUCACCUGCACAAGAACAAGGCCCACUGGAGCCGCUUACGAUAUACACACACACGGCUAGACACGCAAACAUGCUCUCACACUGAGAAGCGUGAGUCAGAAGGAGGAGACGGAGAGGGGGAAGACAUCCCUUAACCUUCCUCUUGCUUCUUAGUGUUUCAUCUUCCUUUAUAAAAGGAGGAGAGGGAUGUUAAUCCACCUCCUCGUUUGUCCUCCAGUGUAUUUUUCCCCACUGCUGGUUGUUCACAGGCUCUGAAAGUAGGAGUGCAGGCUGGGACUGUGGCCUGGAGUGGUGGAAAACAGGUUCCUCUGCAGGAGCAGAGGACUGUAGCACUGCAAAAAGGAAGAAGAAGAUGUGGAGAUCCAUGGUUGAGCAGGUGGAUGGAUAAUCUUAGUAAAUAAAUGCCAAUUUGACAAAGUCAUGCCUUGCUCUUUAAACCCUGUUUCAGAGUUACUGAAAGGCUGUGGCUGAUGGGAGAUGAAGCAUCAGUGAAGAAAAUAUUGUUUUUGCACAAUGCUGCUGGAACAGUGAAGAAAAGCAAAAAUUAUAUACAGUUCCAUACAAGUCAGCUGGACAGUGCUGGAAAGAUGGAAUAUAUGGAAGACUACUGUCAGAGAAGUAUAUGAAUAUAUCAAGUACACUAUGCUUUUUAUACUCAGACAAUACACAUUAAGCUUUUUCACCUUUUCUCCUUUUUUGUACCGCUUGCACUAAUGUUGGAUGCUCUUUCAUACAAGUGUCUCACUCGUCUACUUUUCACUGAAGUGCGUUUUUAACUCGAGCACUAAGUUGGUACAUCAGGCUACUGUAACUUGUAACGUGUAUUCUGUUUUAAUUGUGUGACCUAUCAGACUGACUGAUUCAAUUCAUGACUGACACAAAGUGACUUCAGCUGGUGUCGCUGUGUCGCUCGAACACUGUUCCCAGCUGUCAGCUGGAUGUUUCUGGACUUGAGCUGACUCGCCGACAUGGAGAGCACAAAUAAGAGCCAUGUUUUUUAAAAGUGUUUGUGUAGUAUUAUGAGCAGUGUAAUCUGUACAUACUGUGAUGACCUCAGCACUUCACAUGCCAAAAUAUAAGCAAUGUAUUGACCUUUUUACUCGGUGUGGAUACUGGGGAAAUCUAACUCUCCUUACACUGGUGUUACAUUUGUAACAACUUCUCUAAUAACCUCACUUUACAAACUCAUAUACAACAGAGCCUUAACAGCAACUUGUUCUGUCUGUGAAACACAUUUUGCAAUGGUGUCUUUCUCAUUUUCUGGAUAAGCUUCCUUACACCUACACUAUUCAAACUGUUUUCUGCCUGUUUUGUCUUCAGCCAUACCAGCAUACUGAAACACGCACAGUACUGUAGCAGCUCAUUUCCUGUUUGAUCUUGCACGCAGUGUCAGGGUCAGAUUGGGUCUUAUACCCAGUCUGUGUUGCCAAGAUGCCAGUGUACUGUUCUGAUACAUCGCACUGCUCUUUUACCUCUCUUAAGGCUUUUAUACUGCUUUCUUUUACACUUGCUGCAGGCGCUGUGUGCACUGUAUCUUGUGUUCUAGACAAAUUUGUGCCAAUUAGUAAUGACAAAUGCCUCCAGUUCUAAUUCAUUCUAUCCUGCAGUGAACAGCAAGAAGAUUAAGAUACUUGUUACAGAAAAGUAUAUACUGUCAUUCAUUAUUAAAAAUGCUUACUAUUCAUCUAAAAUGGUAUAUAAGAAAUAUUUGUAAAUACUAGUUUGGCCAAGUGUAAGAUAAAAUAAAAAAAAACAUGGUGUGGUUGAACCUGGGUAAAGGGAGCUAACAGAAGUCCCACGUCUUCUCUGAGCUUAAAAUAGAAGAAUAACCUGAGUUUUAUGAUUCUGUCAACCCAGCCAGCAAACAGUGUAAUCAACAAGCACUGUAGUCAAAGAUUAUCACAGCUCAAAUAAUGAAAAGGUGUUUAAACUGCAACAAAAAGAUGACAAUGAAUUUCAGUGACUGUUUAGUUUUUUUUAAUAACUUGAUUGAAGCAUUUUUGUAUGAGGUGCAGUGCAAUAAAGUUAAGUCACAGGCCAAGUUGUAAUAGAUUGGCCACAUUUAUAUCUGUCUGUAACUCUGGUAAUAAGCAAAUUACUUGUGUUCUCACCACAGCACUCUACUGACUUUGCAGAAACCUUCACCCUGUCUAAAGUGCACACUGUUUUCACUAUUUGAUGUCUCUACUCUCCUGGGGAAUCACAGACUGUCUUUGAAAAGCCUGAUACUGUUGAUAGAUUUAAAUACUCUGUACUUGUACACACUUGACUAUUCAAUUAACAGUAGUGACUAACUCAGCCUUGUUUUGACUUUUUUCUUUUAGUUAGAUCUUCCUACAAGUACAGCUUUCAAUACUGGGAAAAAACCCAUGAACUGAAAACAUUGCGAAAGACUACCUAAAACGUCAGAUUGUAUUCACUGUAACUCGCAUUACUGCCAUAGUGUAGACCUCGAUGAGACAGCAGGCUUCGGGCUGCCUUGUUUUUGAAUACCUCUCACAAUCAGCACUGAUACAGGGUCAGUGAGCCAUACUGGUUUUACUAAUGUGAACUCUAUGACUUCAAAAAUGGUUUUUAUGGCAGAAGUUAGUCUCCUAAAAUCAGAAAAUGUACCGUGAAGAGAUGUUUUAGGCUGAACUUAUUAUUCUGUAUGGUAGUUUCUACCAUCUAACCUGAGAUUAAGACAGAAUUUACAGAAAUACCAAAUUGUCUAUAAUAGUUUAUGUAUUUUUUUUU